AUGGAGUCUCCAACAACUACAAGAAAGUCGGUGCAGUGGAAAGUAGAUUAUAAAUUACUUGACGUUCAACAAGGAGACUCAGCAAUUGUUAUAAUUAAAAAGAAAACGGAAGAAGAAUGGGUGAUAGACAAAGUUAUAUUAAUUGAUUGUGGGGACAAAGGGCAAGGUUAUACUGUUGCCGAAGAGCUUGACAAGAUAGUUGGAAAUCGCUAUUUAGAUGCCUUAAUAAUUACUCAUUGGGACAGCGACCAUUGUGGUGGGCUGUUUCAAGAAAAACAAGGAGUUCGACGAAUAAGUGAAUGGAUAGACUUUAAAACCACGAUAUUAUUAUGUCCUAUGAGACCGAACAAAGCAGACUCAAACCCUAAUUAUUAUUUUCAGAGAAAAGCAAAAGAGGAAAUACAGAAGACUCUUAAGAAAACUAGUGAAAGUGUUGAUAAAACUGAAUUAAUUGAAAAGAUCGAAGAAAAAGAAAUCGAUCAACAAGACUUGGCGAUCAAAAAGAGUGUGAAAAAAUACACGAAAAAGUAUAUUCAACGAUAUUUACAGAAAUAUCUUGGUAAAGUGCCUCAAAAAAUUUCUAAAGAUUUUAUAGAUGACGACGAUGUUGAAGUUUGUGAAAUUCCGAACAUUCCAACAUUUGAAAAAUCAAUCGACAAGACACCAAAAGAAGAUGUUGCAAAAAGUAAACCUUCAAAAGAAAUUGAAAAGAAAGUUGACGUGGAACUUGAAGUCCCAGAGAAAUGCAAGUUUGUGAAAGGGACUGUUCGAAAUGAUUAUACUACAGAAAAAAUCGACUAUGAUGCUGAAACUGAAAAAUUAAGUAAAGAAUCAAAAAUUUCCAUUUUCGUGGACUCGUUUGAAAAAUGUUAUGAAGGUGUUGAAGCAAUUUUUGGUGUUGACAUUCUACGAGGAAAUGAGAAUGAACUUCUCUCAUCAAGUUUAACUGAAAAGUCUCUUAUGGAAUUAAUGAUGACUGAAUUGGGUGUUACAAUAACAAAGAAUGAGUAUUGUGGUGAUAUUGACAUCAAGAUAUUAGCAUGUGAUGGGUAUGUGGUUGGGUCUUGUGAGAAGAAUUAUAACACAACAAUAGAAAACGAAGACACUUCUCCUGAAAAUAGAAAGAGUAUUUCUUGUUUGUUAAUUAACAACGAGACUGUGUUACUCACGAGUGGAGACCUGUGGAAGUCGAGUGAUAUUUCUUUAAGAAAUUACAUCACAAAGUCACUUGGAAUAGACACGGUGCAAUUGAUGAAGAUGAAUCACCACGGUUCGUCAUAUAACACUUUAACACAGUACUUCUUAGGAACACUGAAUCAUCAAGUCGCAUUACUCUCAUAUGGAGAGAACAACAAAUUUGUCCACCCCAGUCAAAACAUCCUCGACACACUCUUACAAUCAUUUUCUGGUCUAACAUUUUGUACGAAUUACCCAAAAGUGUUUGGACCUAUUGAAGUCCUCUCAGAAAGUGAUUUGCAAAAGUAUCUCGAAUACCACGAAAUGAAAAAUUUGGAGAAGAAACAGCGUGUUGAAGUGAAUAACAAACGAGAAAAUAAAGAGGCUUUUCUCCACAAAGUGUAUCCCACCCAACAGGGUGUUUAUGUAGAAAUGGGUCAAAACAGUGACUACUGUGUUAUAGGAAAUGUUUAUUACAUAUCAUAUGACGAUCAAAUAGCAAAGAAAAAAGUGAGCAAAAAGUGCACAACUUCCUUCACUAAGUCGCCAGUCAUUUUUGUAUCAACGACAACAGAUUUGGACACAAAAGACGUCAAAUUGGAGAGUGCAAAAUUCGUCAAGAAAAAUUUGAGUCAAAACAAUUUCACGUUCAAAUUUGAUGUAAAAUGUGAGGGACAUAUACACAACGCGAAAAAGGCUCUUGACAUGUUGUAUGACAAAUUAACACUACAUUUGGUCGGUGGAGCAUUCAAUAAGAGGAAUCGAAACUGGCACAUCGAAGUGACUGUUCGACAAAGUCUCUUAUUCUUUUAUAGCGACACUGACGAAGUUGUGAAGACGAUGGAAGAUUUGUUAAUAAACAACGACCUUGUUGUGGUCAAACAUGAAGUUCUGAUGAGUCAAGAAAUAUUUGGCACUUCAUACCUUUUUACCUUCCCUGUGAAUAAAGAACAACAGAACAUACAAAACGAUCUCAAGACCGUCUGUAACAUUUUGGAUAAGCUCGGAUUUGCAUGCGAUCUCAAGAAGAUCCUCUACGAUUAA